AUGGAGUUCUGGUGCCGGGACUGCAGCGAGGAUGCUGGGGAGGACUGCGUGGACUCGGGCCACUCCGUGUGCUCCCUCCGCCAACUGCGUUUGGGCCAAGCGGCCCCGAAGGUGCAGCGGCUGCAGAAAGCAGCGAAGUCGGCGCGCGAGGUGGUGAAGGCCCUGCUGGACGCCAAGGGCGUGCUGGAGGCCCAGCUGGAGCAGUGGCGCGGCAGGCUGCGGCUUUUCGAGGAGGCCGAGAGGGAGCUGUGUGACGCAGCCGUGGCGGGUCGGGACCUGGAGGAACCUGCACUGGAGGAGGGCCUGGAACAGCUGCUGCAGGACGCCACCACUCUCCUCCAGGCCAAGUGUCAGCUGCAGCUGCAGGUGGACUCGCCCUGCUCCACCUGGAAGGGCCAACUGCAGGUGGCGGCUCCAGGCUCCAGACGCAGUUUGCUUUGCCCACUGAUGCUGCAGAUGCACCAGGACUGGAACCUUAUCAAGAUCUUCCGUCCCGAAGAGUGUAUGCAUGUGGGGAAACUAAGCAUGCAAAAGGAGCACACCAAAGAGCUGGACGAAGCCCUGCAGAACCCAGGCCUGGACAAGGUGAGGAAGCUGGACGGACUGUACUGCAUGGAGCAGCCGAACUGGAGCACAGUGCUGCUGCAGCGCGUUGCCCCGCACGUCGAGUGGCUCUCGCUUGAGGACGCCGUUCGGGAACACCUUGAUGUGAUCAGGGACAUGCCAGCGCUGCGCUGCUUAUACGUCCAUCUGACGACCUCUGUCAAGAACGCCCCAGACAUGCCGCUUCAACUGCAGGAACUGAAGGUGUUUAACUUUUCAGUAGAACAUCUCCAGUCGGUGCAGCGGAUGCCCAGGCUGCGUAAACUCGUCUUGAACUGGCACCCCCGCGGUGCGCUCGACGUGGCGUUCCCCCCUCUGCCCGCGGGUCACUGCGGCCUGCAGUGGCUCAGUGUGUACCUCCAGCCGGCCUCCACCGUCCUGUCCCUGGCCAAGGCCCACGCCGCCACACUGCAGGAGCUGCGGAUCCUGUGCGCCUCGGAGGGAGACGGUCCGUGGCACUUCAAGGACCUGGCCGAGGGGCUGCGCCAGUGCGGGCUGGUGGCGCUGCGGCGCGUUGUGCUGAUGCGUGGACCCGCUCCACGCUACCCUGCCGAGAAGCUUCCCCACGCGGCAGAGUCGUGCAAACGGCAGAAGAAGUCCAUCUGGGACAAACUCUUGGCGACGGACUCGGAGAAGCCAGUCAGGGUAGUGAAGGUCAUGUGCCAGGAGUGUGACAAGUGCCCCACAUUUCCGCCUCUGGGAGACUUCACCUGGAAAGACGAUUAAUCCAGUGCUUCGUCUCAAUUGAGAGUCUUUCUGUUCUGUAUUUUACUUAGAAGCCUGGCAUUUCGAUCCCUUUAUUUAAUUUCAGAGCAAAUUGUUUCGUGUUCGGCACGCUUGUUUACUUUUUAAUUUACUCCCGCCUGACGUUCUGGUGCCAUGGCUGUGAUGCUGAUUUGUCCUGGAUCCGAUCGGGCACGUCGAUGUUUCUUUUGUGCACUUUGGUUUCAGAAACGUGAAAUCACGUUCAAACGAAUGUUUCAAAGUGUCACGUUCCUUUGAGCAUCGUGUCACAUUCGUUUGAAUGGGAAUAAGCUUAUUUAUGGCUGAUUCCCAUCCAACCGAAUAAGACGCGACGCUCAAAGGGACGUGCCACUUCGUCACAUUCGUUUAAACGUGAUGUCACGUUUCUAGAACGAUAGUGUAUGGAACGAUAAUUCUCGUAUGUAAUACAAAACCCCCUGGAAGGAUUCAUCAUAUUUUCUUAGCUUCAUUUUAUUUAACGUGAUUUUAUGGCGUUCUGUAUAGAUGUCGUUGUUUCGGACGUAAUUAGACUUACUUAUUGGUUUACUGAGACGGAGAACCAGACUGCUGUGUCUUAUUUUUAUUUGAUUCGUGGCGUUGUUAGUUAUGUUAAAGCUUCUUGUUUGUCAUGAUUGGUUAGCUCUUUAAUUCCUACAGCCUGACGUUCAGUUUGCAUGGUGUUGGUGUUGAAGUGUUAUUGCGUCGAAGUCGAUUGUGAACAAAGAUCCUUGAUUCCAUUAACGACGUGGUUCUCG